AUGGGCCAUCGAAUCCGCCAUGAUCUCUUAUACCGCCUGCGCUGGAACAUCUUCGCCGCCUUAGACGAUAUCGAAAUUGCAACUGGACCCCACGAUCAGACCACCAACCUCCCGUUCUUGGGCCAUCCCUUUGCGGACGAAUUUCUCACUGAACCGCCGCUGAGCCGCAUCCAGGUUUGCAUCCGCGAAUGCGAACAAAAAUAUGAUUCUGAAUAUUUUGAGGACGAGCAGUAUCGAUAUCAGUCACCAGCCGCCCUGACUAUCAACAAUGAAGGCAAUCAUCCGAUCACGUUGGGCCAGUUCGUCACCCAAGCCCAUGCAUACCUGAACCGUAACAUGAAGGAAAUAAAGAAAAUUAAGAGUGAAAACUACGGGGAGCUAGUCGAGCGAAGUGAUGGAAGCCAGGGGAGAGUGGUAACUAACGGGCACCCAGUGAGCCUGCCUAAUGAUAUCAAAUUCUUCUUCUCGUGGGUCUGGGUGAUGGCGAUCAAUGGCAAUGUUACACUCGGGAUAUAUACAUAUGCCGAGGGAGAGGGUUUCGACCGCUCUAUUGAGGUGUUUUGGACCAAUCGGUUGAAAAAUAUGCAUAGGCAUGAGCAAGAGCGCCAAGCCUGA